AAUGACUGAGGCCACUCAACUCAAACUCAAGAAGAGGGUUAGGUUAGCUUAGCAGCUUAGCUCAGAAAUGGAUCAGAAGCAGAAGUCUAUGGUCUAUGGCUCAGAAUAGAAUGUCAGAGUCAGAAUGUAGAAUGUAGUGUUUUUGUUUAUAAAAAAUAAAAACUAUCAUAGUGGAAGACGAAGACCUUUAAUUUUACAAUGGACAACACAGUGAACGUCUCUGACUGUUGCAGAACUUGCUUGAGGAUAGAUUGCGCCCUUACAUCCACUGAACUACAAGAUACCGAUUCUGUUAGCUUCUAUGACAAACUUUUGGCCUGUGUCUCAGAAGUAACAUGGUUGAAGGAAAGAGUAGCUUCUUUAAUCUGUUCGGUGUGUAUUGAACGUCUCAGAGUUGCUUAUGACUUUCGAAUUGUUUGUCUUCAGUCCGAUGCCACCAUAAAUAGAUAUCUCUGUAUCCAAGAUGACUCAAAACAGCAAGGUACAUCUAUCGAAACCCGUACAUUAUCCACACCUACAAAGUUUGAAUUUUCUAUUGCUACUACAGCUGCUAGUGAAACAACUGCCUUGUUGACUGAAGACCAUCAAAAUUCUGAGUAUAUUCAUUUAAAACACUUCCUAGAUAGUGACGAAGUACUUAUGAAACAAGAUGAUCUGAUUAAAAAUGAAGUAAAACAUUGUGAAGAGAGGACUGCAAGCCCGCAAAAUGCUGCCACCAGUAUAGAGUUUAUAAGUAAGACUGAGGAUAGAAAUAUUGCUGAAUCACAACCUCAACAGGCUAUUUUGUUGCAAGAAGAACAUCACUGCCAGACUGAACCUCAAAUACAUUACGAGAUACCAGACCAAGAAAGUCAUCCAGAUAUACAAAUGAUCCACCAGAGUCUCCAAACUGAAGAAAUAGAGCAACAGUUAGAAAUAGAAAGUUCAGAACAGGUCGAGCAGAAUGGAGAGCUUCACAAUAUCGUUAUUGCACCCAUACAGACUAUUCACCAGCCAGAUUUAUCACCUCCCAAUUAUGUGGCUCUUCCAUAUAGACAAGUCAUCAAGAGAACUACAGGAGUACAGGUGACCCCUCACAUAGUCAAAACCGAAUCAAACGAAGAAUCAGCUACUUCUGGAUAUCCUUGUAAAGAAUGCGGAAAGAGCUACAAGAAAAAAUCUAAUUUGAGGAUCCAUAUGAGGACUCAUACGGGAGAAAAGCCUUUCGAGUGUCAGUACUGUGUUAAAAGGUUUUAUCAUUCUUCGCACCUUCGGGAACACGUUCGUCGCCACACCGGCGAGAAACCGUACCAAUGCGCGGUCUGCAACAAACGGUUCACCAUUAAAGGGGAGCUUACGAUGCAUAUGAAGUCGCACACGGGAGAAAAACCGUACGCGUGCACCUGUUGCGAUAGGAGGUGCCUAACGUCUGCGGAUUUAAAGGUUCACAUGAGAACGCAUACCGGUGAAAAACCAUACGAGUGUACAGUGUGUAACAAAAGAUUCGCAAGUACGUACAUCUUGAAUUCACACAUUAAGACUCACACUGGCGAACGACCGUAUUCAUGUAAUAUCUGCGAGAAGACUUUUACUCAAUCUUCACAUCUGAACGUGCACAUUAGGAAGCACACUGGAGAGAAAUUUACGUGCAAGAUCUGUGAUACAAAAUUCACCCACUCUUCCCAACUGACCGUCCAUAUGCGCGAGCACACAGGCCGACAACCGUACAAGUGCUCGGUAUGCAACAAGGUCUGCAACUACGCCUCGGAAUUAUCGUCUCAUAUGAUGAAGCACACCGGAGAGAAGUUAAGCUGCGUCACUUGCGAUAAAAAGUUUACUUCGGCGGCCUAUUUGGCGGAACAUACACGAACACACACGGGAGAGAAUCUAUCAAGGUGUACGAUAUGUAAUAAACCGUUUACUAGAUCUCAAUAUCUGCUGAAACAUAUGCGGACUCAUACAGGCGAAAAACCGUAUCCUUGUUUCGUCUGUGGCAAGAAAUUCACUCAGUCGUCCAGCUUGAAGGUGCACAUGCGUAUACACACUGGCGAAAGACCAUAUUCGUGCUCGAUGUGCGACAAAAAGUUUACUACUUCCUCGGAUCUUUCUGUACAUAACAAGAAACACAAAAAAUACAUCGAUUUAUAGGUUAUAUCUACGAAAAUAGAAGAACUGAUAGAGAUUCUCCCAAACAGUGUGAAAAAAUGAUCGGCGGGGAUUUCAAAAGAGGGUUUAUCAAUUUUUUAGGUUAAGAUUUUUUACUAUUUUUGUUCUGUGAUAUUGACGUUCUGCGAUUUUUAGGUUAGGUCAAACAUUGUGACAAACUAUUGAUUUUUUGGCCUAAAAGGCUACUGUUGCUGGUGAAUAUAAAGCGUGCUCUAGGAAGAGUUGUAGAUAUUAAUUUCUUGUAUUGUUUUUCAUUUCUCCAGAAUAUCCAUCCACCAGAUCAAUACUAUCGCUUAUAUUUCGCUAUCAAUAUACCUUUUUGACUGAUUUUUCAUAGAGCCAUGUUCAAUAGCCCAAUUCUAAAAAUUCACCUCAUAGGAUUCACCACAAUUUAGGCACCAAGAAGUAAACAUAGUGUAAUGCUAUUUGCUCAAGCAAAUUCGUAAUUUUGAAAUUGUGCCAUUUUUCAAAAAAAAAGAUUAAUUAAAUCAUUCAGAAAAAAUACUAAUUUUUAGUAGUUCAUUCGAAAUGUAAAACGUUACUACAUAUUUUAUUCUUUAGUCGAUGGUCUCCAACACACGCUGUACGUAGCCUACGGCGUCUAUUGGAUACCACCAGCUAAGUCAGUGGUCACUUUAAUUCACCCCGUAAUUUGAAUUUGUUUUAGAAUUACUACUUUUUAACUAUUUUUGGUUGUAAGAUAGGUUUUGUCCUUCAAAGUAACGAAAAUGAACAAUUUUCUUACGGCGUGACGUUGUACGCUGCCUACAGCGUCUAUUGGAGACGACCGGUUUAGGAUUCACCAACACGUAGGCAACAAGCAAUAUACAUACGUGUAAUGAUAUUUGCCUAAUCAAGUUUGUAAUUUUGAAAGUACAGUAGAACCCCGAUUAUCCGUGCUCCUCGGGACCGGAGGUGGCACGGAUAAUUGAAAAGCACGGAUAAUCCGAGCAUGUAUUUCUUAUGUAUAAUACAUAUGUACGGAUACACAUACAUAUGUACCUACCAUAAAAAGAUAACAGAAAAAAUAAAUCUUUCAUUAUGAGUCUCUCUUUCGGCGUAUAGAGUUUCCGUCGAGUGAUUUACGAUGACGCUAUUUUAAUAAAACCUUAAAGAUGCAAUUUGAGUAAUAGAAAAUCAUAGCACGGAUAAUCCGCACCCGGAUAAUCGGGGUUCUACUGUAUAUUCAACGAAUAUACAGCUCCUAGAAGAAGCUUUUAUAUGAAACAGAUGGUCACGUUUAUAAGCAGGCUUGUUGACGAGGGAUUUUGCGGCCGCAGUGUCAGGUCUAUGCACCUCCACGACACCUACUCAGUUGGAACGCAAAAUCCUAUGCUAAAACGUUACAGGGCCUUACCUUUCUAUCAGAGUAUACAGGGUGUUUCAUUAAUAACUGUCCAUAUAGUAACUGGAGAAACCUUGGCACGGAAUACGAAAAUUUAACCUAAAACACUUAAAUAAAAUGUGGUUCCUUACUAUCUAAAAAUUUAAAAACUAUUUUUGCUCAGCAUUUUAGUACUAUUCGACGUAUCCUUUUCAUACUUGACAGGAAGUAUGGAUACUGUAGAAUCUACUAAAUUAUGUUAAAAAAACGUUUCUGGCUAUUACCAGAGGCAUACAACGGGGGAAAUUGAAUGGUUGACCCUUUCCAAAUUCUACACUACUGGUGGAAUUGCUAUUUUAGUUCAAUUUUUGGAUUCUCCAAUACUUUCUAUGAAAAUAAUAUACUCUUCAUUCGUAACGAUAAAGUCAUUAGUUUUCAAGAUCUUCGAAGUUAAAAAUAAAAUGGCAUGGUUAUUUUGAUUAAUGUAUUGUGUCGCUUCAUUUUUAAUUUCAAAUAUCUCGAAAAACUGAUCAUUUCAUCGUUACGAAUGAAGAGUAUAUUAUUUACAUAAAGAGUAUUGGAAAAUCGAAAAAUUACACUAAAAUAGCAAUUUCGUCAGUGGCGUAGAAUUUGGGAAGGGUCAACCAGCCACUAUCCCCUGUCGUACGCCUCUGGUAGUAGCUAGAAACGUUUAUUUAUCUUAAUUUAGUAUGGUGUACAGUACCUACAAUUUCUGUCAAGUACGAUAAGAAUACGCCAAAUAGUUUUAAAGUACUGGGUACAAAUUACAAAUAAUUUUUAAAUUUUAAUCAUAUGAAUCAUAUCAUAAAUUAAUCAAAAUAACUGUGCCAUUUCAUAUUUAACUUCAAAUAUCUCGAAAACUAAUGACUUUAUCGUUAGCAAUAAAGAGUAUAUUGUUUACUUAGAAAGUAUGUAUUGGAGAAUCUAAAAAUGGCACUAAAAUAGUAAUUCCUCCAGUGGCGUAGAAUUUGAGAAGGGUCAACCAUUCACUAUCCUCUGUCGUACGCCUAUGGUAGUAGCUAGAGACGUUUGUUUAUAAUAAUUUAGUAGGGUGUAUAGUAGUCGCACUUUCUGCCAAGUAUGAAAAGGAUACGUCGAAUAGCUUUAAAAUGCUGAGCAAAAAGAGUUUUUGAAAUUUUUGGAUAAACCACCCUGUAACUCAGUAAGGAACCAUAUUUUAUUUAAGUAUUUUAGGUUAAAUCUUCGUAUUUUGUGCUAAGGUUUCUCCAGUUACUAUAUGGACAAUUAAUAAUAAGACACUCUGUAUAUUCGUUGGUAUAUUGUUAUAAAAUACAUACUUUGUCAGCUCUGACACAUUUUUUAAUGGCUAAACACAAAGAAUUCACUCCUAAGUAGUUCAUCGAUAAGAAAACUGAUCAUUACUUCCAUUAUUAAUACAAAAAAUAGGAAAUUUAAUAUUACAGGUUUAUCGGAUGAAAAUUUUAGUGCGCGUAUCUAUUUUAAUUCUUCUUGAGUUGCUUUAUCUUCUUUUUUUUUUAUCAAAAUUGUUUCUUUUUUUUUUUCAUAACUUGCGAUGCCUUGCAUACCUAUUUAUAUAGAUAUAUCACCUAACAAUUUUUUGCUUUCAUCGGUUACAUUACCUACUUAAUAUUUUGUUUACGAAUACGUGAAGAUUGUGCAAAAUGUGAUAUUAUAUAAUAUUUAUUAGUUAUCAAUUCAGAUUUUUAAGAACAAAGGUCUCAAAAUGUAUUUUCGGAAAUGUUCGAGAUUUUCGCUAAUUUGCAGCCUUGUGUUAUGAUACAUUGUAAACUCGGUUCGCUCAACUGAGAUGCGUUUUGAACAGAUUCAUGGUAGGAAACCUACAAUACAAAAAUUCCUACCUUACGCUAUUAACAGCUCAAAUAACCUUACUCUUUCAUUCAAAAAGAAAAAUUAUUGGAAAAAGUGGGAGUGUGUACUAAACUCAUACAAUUUUGUGGAAUUUAUUUCCUCAAAAUAUUUUUAUUUUGUACAAUAAAUAUAUUUCUAAUUUGUUAUCAAUACAUUAUAUUAUGGUGUAAAUAAAUAAUAAUUGAUUGGCGUAAGAUUGUGUUAUUCAUAUUUGUAUUCUAUUAAAAUAUUGGCAAUGAGCAUGCGUGUUUGGUUGUGUAGCAAUUUCCAGCCACGUCUAGUCUGCCAAAAUGUAACUAACUUUGCAAAAAAAUUAUUACUAAAAUUACUAGACAGUUGUGUCUCAGAUUAGCGAACCGACUAUAGUUAGAUCACUUCAUUUUGUGUAUUUUUAUAUAUCUGCGUAAUUUAUGUAUACGAAUAUAAGGUUUUAGAGCAA